UCAACAAAUGCUCACAUAUUUCUACGAUUUCCUCUUGAGCAUCAAUGCAAACAAGCAUCAAUCAGUAGUUUUCACAACUAAAGCUUUUAGACAUUACUGGCAAGUAAGGGCCUUUAAAUAUGUCCAAGUCAUCCUCUGUCCCUUCGGCCCAGGACUACCUGGAAAGGGCAAGGAUGUACUAUCACGACCAGAACGCGGAGAAGGCCAAAAACUAUUUCGAAAAGGCCUGUCUAAGCUGCCCUUGCCAUAAAAAAGAUCGGCUGGCGAGGAGGGAGUACGUGAUACAAUGUCAGGCUAAGGGCCUCAAUCCUGAACCGACUCAUUACGUUCGCGACUAUGGAUGCUCCUGCAAGGAUCUCAUGCAAGAGCUCACUAGGGGCCUCCAUGGCCUCAACAAGCGAUCUGUUUCCCAGCUCGCUUCCCGUCCAUGUGUUUGCAAGACCAAAUCGGACUCGACAAGAAGCUUGCGUCCCUGUCACGAUAACCUGCACAUAGGCGCCAUAGAUGGGAUCAGUGCUUGCUACGAGCUUAUGGGAGACUUUGAGGCAUCUUUCAACGCUGCUCUGAUUAUGAUUCACAAGGCACCCAUGAGACCAGAGGGAUACUUGAGAGCCGCCAAACUUGCUACGAAAAUCAAGCCGGAUCGUUAUAAAAUGUCGGAACUGCACAUGUCGGCGGCAGACUAUCAAUUGCUCAAGCGACUUUUGUCCUCGCACAGCAGAGCAGAUCCGGUCGCUCGUCUGCCAGGGGAAUUACUUAUCAUGAUUAUGUCACAUUUUCAACUUAAAGACAAGCUUGCCUGUCAGCGCGUUUCCAGGUCUUGGUCUGACUUUGUGUCGUCUCCUGCCGCCUCGAGUUUAUGGCAGCAUCUUGAUUUUGACAGUCAAUCCAAGCCAUCGAUAGCAGCCUUGGGCAGGAUUUUUCGACUUUCAAAUAGCAUCCGUGACGGCAAGAUCGUACCGACAACAAAACAUGUCAGAAUCAGGGACUGGAAUAAUUUCUCGCUUGAUAAAAACAAGCUAGCCAUGAUAACCAGAUUGCCAUACCUCGAGGUGCUUGAGGUGCGACAAGGUCCCAUACAGCGCCCAAAGAGCAGCUAUAGGGGCCCUGCUGGCAACGGAAUAGUAUAUGAUCCGCCGCCCUUUCCUGACGCUGCCACCAUGAAGCACCUAAAGCGGCUGGCCCUGGAGAGCUUUGAGCCGGGGUCCCGGAAUUCAGAACCUGAUCGUAAUAUCUGGAAGGUCCUGGCAACUGUUGCACCGUGCCUGGAGACGAUCGAAUUCUGCGGCUACAACAGGCCUUUAUUCGUAAAACCGUUUCCCAAAGUCAAGGUCCUCAAACUCUCAAUGAAGCCUGGAGGCAGGCCUGCAAAUAUUCGGUUUGCACAAUUCAAUGAGACCUUUCCAAAUCUGGAACAAUUAUACCUCGACGUUGCUGUCGUCCAUGGUACAGCCGUCGACCCAGGGUCCCUUCCGAAGCUCAAAACCCUCGUCAUUGGCUGCCUUAUCCCGGGCUUCGCAGAUACCGACGACCCUGUGGUCGGCCGUCGAAUAUUUCCCACUCUUCCCCCGACGCUCCGUGUCCUUGACCUGGGCCUGAGCUCCUAUUCGCUCGUCAAAGAGAUCCUCUUUCAUUACCCAGAGCCGCUGGAGCGGCCAACGCUCUCUCACCUCGAGGUCUUUCGCCUGCUCGAUAACGACUACGACGCGGAUGCAGUGCUCGAGGUGCUCAAGCCCAGCAUGGAGGCAGGGUCGCUCCGGGUCAUGGACGUGGCGCUGCCCCGGAGCCCCACUGGCGCUCUGGUCGACAGGCUCGGUUACGAAGCGGCCAUCGCGGCGACGGUGGACCAGUUCGCGGGCCCGGACCUGCCGCUGUCGUCCCUCACCACCGUCGGCAUCCCUAGGUACGUGACGAGGAACAUGCGCUCGUACCACUCCACCCAUACCACGCGGCCCUUUGUCGACUGGGUCGCAAAGUUCCCCAACGUCGACACGGUCCGCUUCUACCCCGAGGCCAUCGAGAACGCGGCAGAGGCCAUGAUCGGGCUGGUCAAGCUGCCCGGUGUCAAGACCAUCUACCAGAAUUGUCUAAAAGGGGUGCUGCGCGACGAGGUGUUGGCUUUGGCUGGGGAGGUUGGGGUGCGCAUCGUCGAUACCCCCGAUGCAUGGUUCCCGGCUCAGUUUCCGUAUGUGUUUGAGGAUGGGGACAGUACUGGGAGAAAGUAGAGAUACUUAGUAUCGUCAGUCUACUGUUGGUGGAGAAGUGUGGUAUGGCCAUUAUCACCGGUU